AUACUGCAGGAGUAAAGUUGUACAUGGGAAAAAAGAAUGUAUGGUAUUGCACUGCAGUUAUGCAUUUGGGAGAGGCGUGCUGGUCUUAAAAACAAUUGCACUAUUGCCGCUUUUUAGCACACUUUGCACGUUGAGCAGCUGGACGGAUUGCGGUAUUACACGAAGGUUCUUUGCAAAAUAACGAAAAUACCUCUACAAUGGCAAAGGCAGAAAGAAUGGCACCACAGUUCCUGGGUCGGACCAAACAGCACCAGCUUCCCGAUUCGGAAUCAGAUUCUGAUCCAGAGUAUUGUCAAGCGUCGAACGCUGGAGCAGGGCAAUGCAUUGGGUCCGUUGUGCGCAACCAAGUCAUCCACAGCGGGCACUUCAUGGUGUCGUCCCCGCACAGCGAUUCCACCCCACGAAGGAGAAAAAGUGGAGCAUCAGUGGGAUAUGACUUUGAUACUGUGAACAGGACGUGGUGUCAGACCUACAAAUAUGGUCCUCUAAGUUCUGGAAGACUUAGCAUUGACCCAACGCUGACCCGGUUAUUUGAGUGCAUGACCCUGGCCUACAGUGGGAAAAUUGUCUCCCCAAAAUGGAAGUCUUUCAAAGGGCUCAGGCUGCUUUGGCGUGACAAAAUUCGUCUGAACAAUGGUAUAUGGAGAGCCUGGUAUAUACAAUAUGUGGAGAAGAGGAAGAACCCUGUCUGUGGGUUUGUCACCCCACUAGAGGGCUCUGAGGCAGAGGCCCAUCGUAAACCUGAGGCUAUUGUUUUGGAAGGCAGCUACUGGAAACGUAGGAUUGAAGUGGUGAUUAAAGAAUAUCACAAAUGGAGAAUUUACCACAAGAAAAGGCUUCAGAAAAACAAAGAUGGAAUCUUGUCAGUGUUGCAACAGGGGCCAAUAUUCAGAGGAGGCUUGGAGAAAUGGUCCUGUCAGAUGUUCCAGGAGCCCACACCAAUGCCGGAGGAAGCACACUUGUUUGAUCUGGACUGCUUCCUGUCUGACAUUUCAGACACCUUGUUCACCAUGACCCAGAAGCCCUGCCCCUGGACGGUAGACAGACACAAGACUUACACCAGCAAUGCCGACAUGAUCCAGCCGGGACUGACGCCACUGCAACCCAAUCUCGACGACUUCAUGGACAUCCCAGAUAUUUUCAUGAGUCACCGUGGUCAGCCCGUGGAUCAGGCUGGUUACACUGAAUGUGGGUAUUUUGGAAACAUGUCGGGGAGUGCCUUCUCCACUAUGUCCACUGAGCCUCUGUUCCAUCCUGACAAUCAGCUGCAACAGGCGAGCCUGCCUUCGACCGGAAGCAGCAGCAGAUUGUCUCAGCCAUCCUUGUCGGAUUCUCUGUCGGACCAGGGCUAUCACCGGCAACCUUUGACCUCUGAGAUGGCUUUCAACACCAGCAGCAUCGCCCCCGAACCGAAAUACAAAGCGCAGUUGGACUUUGGCCCGCACACCGAUUACCAAACUCAUGGGCUGGCCGCAGGGGAGGUGCCGUAUGGACAGCAGCCUUACCCGAACACCACCUCCAUGGCCUCUGUGAAUAUGGCCCCUGGCCCUCAGGACAGCCCCUUCCUGUACCCUCCUCCGUGCCAUAAAUACAGAUACAACUCAACGGCGGCGUCCUCAGUCAUCACUCACACCGGCUCCAUGAUGAACACCCUAGUGCCCGACCCACACGAUCAGGGCUACACCACAGACCUAUUUACGCCGGGCCCAUGUGUGUCCGUGGGGUACGCCCCCAUGCCUGCUGCUCAUAUUAUCCCAGCCCUCCGCAGUUCCCAACCCGCUUUCCCCACACCUCAGCACUCAGAUAUGGGCGUCAGAGGAAAGUACAAGCAGAAGACAUCCGGGGUGAAGACGGUGACAGCGGCACCACCUACUUCCCCUCUCCAGACCAGCUGCUUAGCUAAGCUGCUUUCUACUGGCACACAAGAACGUAAACCAACACCAGGAUUCGACCCAACCUUAGUUGAGGCAAAGGGUCACUGUUCAGUGUCUCCUAACUCCCCAAGUGGCAGCAUGAAUAUGGGUGGGGCCUCAGGUCAGAUGCAGCACAACACUUCCUGUUCUUCUGGGAUCCCACUGCCACCGCUGCACUGCCAAACUGCCCUCCUGCCCCCCGGGGAGCCUCUUGCUGGCUCCUCACGUGGCUCCACCGUGUCUGCCCUGCUCACUCAAGGCUCCCUGCCCUCACAAACGCCCCUUCUCAUCCCUAAGACAGAGAAACUGUCCCCCGUCCACAUCUACGGCAGCGACAAAAACAGUUUAACAGCAGGUUUCCCUAGGAACUCAGGCCAGAUAUCUCCCACAAACCUCACAGAGAAGAGUUCCAACCCACAGUCCCCACACUCCUUCCCUGGACCAGCCAAGCUAGAACCAACCAAGACUGAGACCAGAAGAAUAACCCACAUCUCAGCAGAGCAGAAGAGACGGUUCAACAUAAAGCUGGGAUUCGACACGCUGCACAGCCUUGUAACCACCCUGAGUUCACAGCCCAGCAUUAAGAUCAGUAAGGCCACUACCUUACAGAAGACCGCAGAGUACAUCAGCAAGAUGCAGCAGGAGCGGUCCCAGCUGCAGGAAGAGGCCCAGAGGCUCCGGGAGGAGAUUGUUAGCCUGAAUUCCACCAUCAACCUGUGCCAACAGCAGCUCCCCGCCACUGGAGUGCCAAUCACACGACAACGCUUCGACCGCAUGAGGGAGAUGUUCCGGGACUAUGUCCGAGCUCAGACGCUGCAGAACUGGAAGUUCUGGAUCUUCAGCAUCAUCAUCGAGCCCCUGUUUGAGUCCUACAACGGCAUGGUGUCCACAGCCAGCAUGGAGGACCUGUGCCGCACCACUCUGUCCUGGCUGGACCAGCAUUGCUCCCUCCCAGCCCUCAGACCCACCGUCCUUAGUUCACUCCGCCUCCUCAGCACCUCCACCUCCAUCCUGACUGACCCCACCCUUGUCCCAGAGCAGGCCACACGGGCGGUCACCCAGAGCAACCCUGACCACGGUUACUCCUAGCAACCGCACCUCUGCCGCAGAUGCUGGGCCUCCCUGCAGACGGUGUCAGCGGUCUUCGUGAUUAAGGCCAUCAGAGACUUUACCAACCGGGAAACUGUUCACAGUUCUGAUUAUUAUUAUUUGUCGUUAAAUCUAAGGGCUAUCACUGAAACUACUCAAACUGGUAACUGGUAUGUUGUCCUAAGAGCCGAACACUGGCCAUUGAAUCCUGUGCAGGUCCCCCGAGCUACUCUGUCAUAACGGCUCGUUUAAAUGCACAUUUUCAUAAUACAGAUUUUGUGCAUUUAUUUGGGGACUGUGUUUUGAUACUUUCACAGUGUUUUUAUAGCACCAUUAACUCUUUAUAAUUCACAUAGCAAGGGAGAGGUCUGUUUCCACAAUAUGCUCCUGGACAACUUUAUAUAGAUUUCCUGCUGAAUUUUCAUGGAAGGUUUCUAUAUUCUGUUUGAUGUAAACACAUCCUCUUUGUUAAUUUCAGUGGUUAUAGUUAAUCACAUCAAUCUCUGCAAAACCACACAAUAAAUAGGUUUUUCUAGUGACGAGAUUCACAAACAUAAUACAGUUAUUUUUCUUCUGUUCUCCUGGUAGGGUAGUGCUUGAGUUUAACACCAGUGUGUCAGAAUGUGUACCAGUAUACCAGCAAUAGGCACUGAAUCCAAAGCCUGCAUUUCAUUUGGGGAUCAAAUAUCCCUUGUAACAUUUUUGUAAUUCAUAUGAUAUUUUGAAAUAGAUUUUCAAGUAUAAAUCUCAAGUAUGAGUAAUUCAUCUGAGGAAAUUUUUCAAUGACAAGGAUUGUUCAAACAUUUAUUUUUCAUGGUUACGCACAAUAUGAAUGACAAAAUGUUACAAAUUUGACUCGGAAUGCAAAAAAAUGUUUUGU